CUCUUCACUUCUAGUUGAGCCACACAGGUUUCCGGCCGUUACCUUGGGCACUCGUAUGUAACAUCAAAGCAUGCGAUGGUGGGUUUGGCUAAGAACUUAUGUGUUCAGUUGGGACAGUAUGGCAUAAGAGUCAAUUGUAUUUCACCAUCUUAUUUGGCAACUCCAUUGCUAACAGAAACAAUGGAUAUGAUAGAGAAGGAGAAGCUGGAAGAGGUGAUUUCUACAUCAGCAGUCUUGAACGGAACAAUACUGAAAACAGAGGAUGUCGCAGAGGCAGCUCUAUAUUUAGCAAGUGAUGAGUCCAAGUAUGUAAGUUGGAUCAACCUUGUGGUCGAUGGAGGUUACAGCCUCACCAAUGUGGCUUUCCCAAUGGCUUUUGACAGCCUACUUUCUUAAGCUUCAAUAUUAUCUUGCAUUUCCCAAUUUACUUCUUAGUUUACAAAUAUUUAAUUUUAGUCUAAUUAAGGUCAUCAAUUUCUUAUUGCAUAAAAAAUUAUGUAUGAAUUAUUGAACAAACUCAAAUAGGACUGAAAUAUUAGAAACCAGUUCCCACGUUUUUCAUUAUAUGAACAUCAGGAGCAGGGGCGGAACCAGGAUUCAACCCAAGGUAGAUGGGGUCUCUUAAAGCUUUUGUUUCGCCCUCCCCUCUUGCAUCAUGGCCGACUGUCUCUAUACCUUCUUGAAGUUAGAUUGUUGUACCAAGAUUUACUUCUUACCAAACCAAAACACCAUGAUCUAAAGGUAUGAACAGGAAAACUAGCUUAAUAAAGAAAUAUUUUAGAAAAAAUCGGUGAAGAGCACAAGAGUUAAUCAUAAAUUGUAUUUCUUACUGCCAACACAACAGAGGGUUUGUGUAAAAAGAUAAAUAUCCUAUCAAUUAAGACUUGCUCAGUUUAUACAACAAUAAUUGAAUAAUGCACAAUAAGAAAUAAUCACGAAUUUCAUUUAAAAUAACAAUUAGAAUUUGAGCAAGUGCUUUGGACGAUUGGAACAAUAUUUGUGCUUUUAGAUACGGUUUUAAAAUUUACUCCAUAGUCUAUGCAUAUACCAUAGAAAAAAAUAAUAAUUUGAAAAAUAAAAACUGCUAGAAAUUUAAUUAGAGAAAAAAUUCCAGUCCAAAUGCCUUGAAAACCAGCAAUGUAUAAUUGGAAUUGAAAUUCAGGAAAAUAAAAUUUUACGAAAAUAAGACUGUAUUCCAGGAUUAACAAGAUUAUUACAUUCGAGAAGACAUAUAUGAGCGUUAACAAAAAAAAGAGAAAAAAACAGAUAUCAUGUGUUCAGAUUGUGGAAUUCCAGGGGUUUUUGAGCAAUUAGAGAUUUACUUAUAUUUAUGGGGUGUUUGGUUUACUUUCUUUAAGAAAUACCUCUUUUAAUA